ACAGCUGUUUUGGGAAGAAAAAAAAAAAAAAAAAAAAAAAAAAAAAAAGCCAGCCUUCCUGUUUCUUUAAAGCCGCUCAUCUGCGCGGCGGGCCGGCUGCCGGCGGUGGUGGGAGGCAGGCUGCGGGGAGCCGCGGACGGACGGACGGACUGACGGCCGCCCGGACUGACGGAGGGAGCCGGCCCGCCGGGGCUCCGCUGCCCGCCGCGGCCGAGCGGGCGCAGAUGGGCGGCGGCGGGGCGGCGGCGGCGGCAGCGCAGCGGCGGAGCGGCCGGCGCUGAGCGCACCCGCGCAGCGCCCCGCGCCAUGCGGAGCACGCCGCUGGCGGAGGGCGAGCCCUGGCCGCGCCUCUGCGCCGCCGAGCUGGGGGGGCUGCGGCGGCUGCGGCGCAAACACGGCUGCAAAAGUUUCCGCGUGGAGCUGAAAGUGCUGAGCGGGCGGCGGGCGGGGGGGCUCCGCGGGGGCGGCCCCCCUCUCCCGCCGCCGCCGCCCCCCCCCGCCGCCCCGCCGCCCGCCUGGGAGCCGCGCUCCGCCGCCCUCGGCGCCGCCGCCAGCGCCUUCCCCGCCGCGCCGCCGCCGCCGCCCCCCGCCGCCCGCCCGCCGCCGCCGCCGCCGCCCGCCGCCUCCUCCCCGCGCCCGCGGCCGGGCGAGGCGGCCGGCGUCUCGCCGGAGAUCAAAGCCCUGCAGCAGACGCGGCGGCUGUUGGCCAACGCCCGGGAGAGGACCCGCGUCCACACCAUCAGCGCCGCCUUCGAGGCGCUGCGGAAGCAGGUUCCCUGCUAUUCUUAUGGUCAAAAGUUGUCCAAACUGGCCAUCUUGAGAAUAGCCUGUAACUAUAUCCUUUCCCUGGCCAGACUAGCAGACCUGGAUUACAGCGCUGACCACAGUAACAUGAGCUUCUCUGAAUGCGUGGAGCAGUGCACUAGGACCUUACAAGCAGAAGGAAGAUCUAAAAAAAGGAAGGAGUAAUAACCAGGAAGGGAGGAUUCAGAAGAGCUUCCAGCCAGAGUUACAUCUGUUCUUGGCAAAGGUUGCACGAUCUAGAUGAAGACUGCAAGCAGCUUUUUUGCAGAAACCCCUUUUCGAGAUGAAGAUUGGCCAAGAAACUUUCUUAAUCUCUGGAACUGAAAGGAAAAAAGGAAAAGAAAAAAAAAAAAGGGACAGGGAUGCUUCUUAUUGUUGUUAAGCCAGCCACCUUUUAGUACGUGCAAUUUAUUUAGCACUUUUCCCUUUGCUUAACUGGGAAAUGUUACCCUCUCAGCUCAUGUGUACAGUAAUUUUUUUUGUUGUUGUUGUUGCUGUUGUGCCAAAGAUUUGAUGGAGCUUCUACACUGUGUCUUAUUUUUGCCUUAACGUUAAAUCUUUGAGCCAAAGAAAAGUCAGAGGUGCCAUUCAGAUGGUGGCAAGCAGGCCAGCCAGCUGUCGGUGGCAAAUCCGAAUUUCUGAAUCCUUCCGUGAGUCGCCUCUUAAUUUUCCUGCCCGCACUUCUCUGCCUGCAGCCCUGGAGCCAGUGUGCAGUGUGGGCAAUAGCUGGGACAAUACCAAAUUGUGCUUCAGCGUUCAGGUUUGCUUCUUUCUUUGAGCGACUCCAUGGUUCUGCCUUUUGGGCAAUUUGCUGAAGUUCCUGCCUGUGCAACACAUCCACAGGGUAGAAAUACUGACACGAAGUGAGAGCUGAAACAGGAGCUAUGAAACUUUUUUUUUAAUAAAUAAAUAAAACUGAAUAAGCAAAAGCUAAGUGCCAUGUAAAGCAAAAAGAAAAAAAAAAAGAAAGGAAAUUAAAAGAAAGUUCAGCUAGGCAGAAUGAAAUGCAGCAAAACGAUUCAGCGGGCGUUUCAGAUUUGUGAAGUUGUUUUUUCCAUGGGGUUUUUCAAGUAGUCAGAAACCCAUGUAAUGCAAAAGCAUUUGAAUCCUAUACUGUACCUUUCACUUCAAAUUGAAGUAAAAAAAAAAAAAAAGAAAUUAUUGAGAAACAUUUGCUUGGAGUAAGCAGACUUUAUAGGUAAUGCAGUUCGUAUGCAAGACAUCUGCUAAUGAUGCGGGGACAGAGCUCUGUGUUCAAGUUAAAAAAAAAUAUGGGUUUCCAAACCAAGGAGAUUAUAACAUAAUUUGUAUCCCACUCAAGGGGAAAGGUUAUUUGCAAGGCCAGAUUGGCAUCCUGGCUACAUCAGCAUAAAUCAGGUUCCUGGGUGUCUGACUUACUCCAGUCCAAAUCUGGCCGGGCAUCAGCAGGCGCUGGGGAGAGCGAGAGGCUCAGCGGGCAGGGGAACAGCAUAGUCUGUGUUUUACUGACAUGAAUAUGAAACUUGAACUCCUCAGUGCCUGCCCGUUUAUUUCUCAAGCUGAGCAACUGGCAGAUGAACGCUGAACUGGGGAGCUGGUGUGCAAAACCUGAGCUCACCGGAGCAAGGUCUGGGUCUGGGGGGAGCCAGGCUGUGUGGUGACAGUCCGCUCACUGCCAAGUCCCCUGGACCAGACGAGGAUGGGCGAGCUCCUGGUAAGGAUGCUCGAGAUGUCUUCUGCCUGAUUUCUGGGACAGAUGAGGGAUGGCUCUGUCCAUGCCCCCUCCCAGGAGCUAAUGAGACUGCUCACCCCUUGGCCCUCACCACUGGUCAUUAUUAGCAGCCCAAUAAAAUACAUUUUUAGAUUGUCA